AUGAGGCCAGACACGGCACUCCUAGCAGCACAGCUCAGUCUGGCUCUGCCGCAGCUGAUAGAAGGUGCCUCGACCUCCCCUGCGGCGCUCCAAGCAACUGCACUAGCUGCGCCCGCGCAGGCUCCAGCCACCGCGAUGCCGGUUCAGCAGUAUACUGUGGCCACUUUGAUGCCUGGCUUGGGUGGUCAGUAUGUACUUGCCCCGGCACUUUCCCCUUUCUACCCAAGCGCGACGACGGCAGGGAACACUGCGGCCACUGCAGCUUUGCAGCAGUACAUCGCUGCUGCAUAUCCCACCUUGGAUGCCACUCAGCAGGCUGCGCUGGUGCAGUACUACUCACAGGUGUCACAGGUGCAAACUGCCCAGGCCCUUUCAAGUUCCUCAGCAGAGUUGAACGUGCCCCUCACCAUGUGGCGCCCGGAGGGCGUCUAUGACCCUGCGCUGGAUACGACCCUCGUGACUGAGCAGGUGAGCUUAGAGGAGAUGAAGAGCUUGGUCGACCCGAAUUGCACUCGACCCGGGGGCCGGGGAACCGACUGUCCGGAAGACAAGGUCAUCGUGAAGGUCGAGAUGCUGUCCGUGGAUGCCUUCAUUCGGACGAUGAUGGAUGAAGAAGCCUACCAUGGGGUAGAUGGGAUGGGAAUCCCAGUGGGCGCCGUGGUGCCGGCCAUUGGCUAUGGCACCAUCGUGGCCGCCGGCAGCCAGUCCGGCAAGUCGGUGGGGCAGAAGGUCCUUGGAAGCGUGGGUGCGCAGACCUACGCCACGGUCCCGGUGGGUGGCAUGCGCGGAGUGCAUCCCUUCAUGAAAAUCCCUUUGCAUCGCCCCGAAGCGAUGCUGAACCUCUUCGGGCUCACCACAGGGCUCACCGCCUACAUGGGCAUUUUCAAGGUCCUCUCCGCCCCGGCUUCCCACGAGACCUGCGUCGUCAGCGCUGCCGCGGGCGCUGUCGGCUGCUUGGCGGCGCAGCUGGCGAAGUCCAACGGCGCGCGGGUCAUCGGCAUCGCAGGUGGCGCUGAGAAGUGCAAAUUCCUGAAAGACACCCUUCAGCUCGAUGGGGCCGUUGAUUACAAGAGCGAGAUCCCAAUGGACAAGCAGCUGGACGAGAUAGCGCCAGAUGGAGUGGACUUUUUCUUUGACAAUGUGGGUGGCCAGACGCUGGAUGUCAUAUUGGAUCGCAUCCGAGCUGGUGGCCGAGUGGUGAUUUGUGGUGCUGUGAGCCAAUACUCUGGAAAUUUGAACAAGGGCAAGGUGGAGGGUCCCAGGAACUAUUUGAAGCUGGCCGAGCGUGGUGCCACCAUGAAGGGCUUCAAUGUGAUGCAGUACAUGUCCUCGGUCCCAGGUGCCAUGUGCCAACUCGCAUGGCUCCACUACCGGGGCUACUUGAGGAUUCAUGAGGACAUCCAAGAGGGCAUUGAGGCCUUUCCAAACGCGCUGCAGAAGCUCUUCAUCGGGGGCCACACUGGAAAGAUGCUUUGCCGAGUGGCCUCCGAGACCUGA